AUGGUUAUUGGCUUGCAAGGCACUUCACUAAAUGAGUGGUGGCCGUCUAUAUUCGCAUCCAAUGAUCUCUGCGAGCCUCCCCGGCGAGGCGCUGGUGCAGCUCGGGCAGCUGCAGCUGAGCCACCUAUAUCCUCCCCCCACCAUGACGCCGGAGUUCCUCGCACCCCCUCCUCGGCCGUACCCGCGGUAUGCGCCUCGACGUCGAGACAACAUGCCCGCACCUCCUGCGCCCGCGCCGUUCCCCCCCCAGUACCCCAGUACUCUCCGUUUCUUCCGCAUCCAGCGUCCUACGCUUCGUAUUUGUACAGAGCUAGGGCUCCCCAGCCGCCGGCGUAUCCACUCCGCCCUAGACCGACCUCGGGCUUUGUGCCUCCCGCUCCGGCACCACAUUCACCACACUCGCCACCUGUGUCGGCGCCAGCUCCACAACCACCCCCAAGAGAAGAGCCGCCGAUGUCACCAGAACGCGGCGUUCCAGCCCCGUACUUCUGCAGAGGUGCUCUAAUUCGUCUCGAAGACGGAACCCUACGUCGAGUGGAGGAGAUGAGGACGGAAGACUUCGUGAUGAGCGCAGAGGGGAGUGGGGACCUCUCCCUCACUCAGUGCACGCUACUCAGGCUGGACGAGCGAGGAGACAGACUUGCGCUUACACUUGCUUAUGACAGAAAUCGAUCACAAGUGGAGUUGGAGUCGACUGUGGAACACCCAUUUUUCGUCUACGGGCGCGGAUGGGCGUCCUGCAAGCCUGAACGUACGUUAGCGCGGUACGGGCUACGAGUACAAAGGUUGCAAGUGGGUGACGUCUGCGUGUCCUUGGUGGCGCGGAAACCCACUGCUACCACCACAGCUGUGCCGGCCGCUCCGCCGCAAACGUAUCCAGAAAACCUCAGCGUCAAGGAAGACGCGCGCAAACGGCGAUGGUCGGCUUCCGACGUCAUCGACGAUGGACCGCCAUUAAAAAAACGUUGA